GUAGCAGCACCACCUGACCAUCUGUUGUCACUAUAUAAUUAGUGUCUGUGUCACUCUGGAUAAAAGCAUAUGAUGAAUACUAAUCACUGUGCGUGUUACUUUACAAUGAUAUAAACCUUACACUUGACAAGGGGAGUCUGUUAUUGUACAGUUUCUAAAAGAUCUAGUUAUAUCAAUAAUGCCUGACAUAUUCCCUAAUUUCUUAUUUUCCAGAACUACAAGAGCAUAGUAGAAAGGUGAGUGAUCUGCCUCCUGUCUCUCUCUUCUCUGUGGUUCUGAACCCAAACCCACAGCAGCACUGACUCCUGAAUGUUAUUCCAGAGCCCAGUGCACACUGCAGGAUCCAGAGAGGGUUUCAGGAGCUCUGAUCAAUGUGGCAAAGCACCUGGGCAACCUGAAGUUCAGAGUCUGGGAGAAGAUGCAGGAGACUGUUCAGUACACUCCUGUGACUCUGGAUCCCAACACUGCACACCCAAAACUCAUCCUGUCUGAGGAUCUGACCAGUGUGAGAUAUGGUGAUGAGGAGCAGCAGCUUCCUGAUAACCCAGAGAGAUUUGAUGAGUAUGCCAGUGUCCUGGGCUCUGAGGGCUUUAACGCAGGGACUCACUGCUGGGAUGUGGAGGUUGGAGAGAACAGAGGGUGGUUUAUAGGUGUGAUGACAGAGUCGACCCAGAGGAAGGGAGACUACACCUCCAUGAGUGGAGUGUGGUGUGUGUGGUAUAAUGGUGCUGCAUAUAGAGCAUGUGCUACUCCUCAUGACUACACUCUCCUCACAGUGCAGCAGAAACUCCAGAGGAUCAGAGUGCAGCUGGACUGGGACAGAGGAGAGCUGUCAUUCUCUAACCCUGAUAAUAACACACAGUUACACAUUUUCACACACAGGUUCACUGUGAGAGUGUUUCCAUACUUUUUUACUAACAUCAAUGUCCCUCUGCGGAUGUUACCAGUGAAGGCCUCAGUAAGAGUAGAGCAGCACAGUUAGAGCUGAUACUGACUCUGAACCAGGGAUGACAGACUGAGAGGGAAACCUAUAGGAGAGGAGACUAUGAAGAAACAAGUCAUUUAAUAAAUAGUAAAAAUAUGUCUCAUUGUGUGGAUAUAAAUGUUAAAGAAAUGUGAAUGCCCACCUCAUUUAACUUGCUGUAUAUGUACUGCACUGUGCUUUAAUGUCUAUACCACAGUAAUAUUGUGGUAUUUAAUACAAAUGGAUUGGUAAAUGAAUAAGGACAGUAAAUCAUGAAAAG